AUGUUUUCGAAGAAGACGGGCAAGAAGCUUGACUCCUCUGAGUCAAGUCAUCAUGUCUCGUCCUUGGAGUCAAAAGAAUCAGCUAAUCAUACAGAUUAUCCACCGUUAAAUAUCAUUCAUCAAACUCCACAACCACGCAGAGAGAUCCAAAAACCAGAACCGGGCGGGUUCAGCAAUCACUACCGUCCUAUCCCCAGUCCGAAAGUCCCAUCAUCACCUGGUUCCAGCAUGACCGAUGCAUCAAACAUAAACACAAAACCAAACAACAACAGUAAUAACAACAGCAAUAGGAGUUCAAGAUGCAGCAGCAUUGAGAGCACUUCCUCUAAUCCCUCUAAGCCACACACAGGUGGUGACAUUAGAUGGGACGCUGUCAACAUGUUAACCUCUAGAGGAGUCCAGCUCGGGAUCAACGAUUUUCGGCUUCUGAAACGUCUUGGUUACGGAGACAUUGGGAGUGUUUACUUAGCUGAGCUUAAAGGUACCAACACUUAUUUCGCUAUCAAAGUGAUGGACAAAGCUUCUUUGGUUAGUAGGAACAAGCUGUUGCGAACUCAAACUGAGAGAGAAAUCUUGUCUCAGCUUGAUCACCCGUUCUUGCCUACUUUAUACUCUCAUUUUGAGACGGAUAAAGUCUUUUGCUUGGUCAUGGAGUUUUGUGGUGGCGGGAAUCUCUAUUCCUUGAGACAGAAGCAACCUAACAAGUGUUUCACUGAAGACGCAUCGAGAUUCUUUGCUUCUGAAGUGUUAUUAGCAAUGGAGUAUCUACACAUGCUCGGAAUCGUAUACCGUGAUCUCAAACCAGAGAACGUCCUCGUCAGAGACGACGGACACAUCAUGCUCUCCGACUUCGACUUAUCCCUCCGCUGCUCCGUCAAUCCAACUCUCGUCAAAUCCUCCUCCGUCCACGGCAGCGGAAGCAGCAGCAGCAGCAACCGUCCCAUCGGACUCAUCGACGACGAACCAUCUCUCCAAGGCUGCGUCCAACCCUCCACCUUCUUCCCACGCAUCCUCCACUCCUCAAAAAAAAACCGUAAAUCCAAAUCAGACUUCGGACUCUUCGUCAACGGCUCCUUACCAGAACUCAUGGCCGAGCCAGCGAACGUCAAAUCAAUGUCCUUCGUAGGCACACACGAGUACUUAGCCCCGGAGAUCAUCCGCGGAGAAGGACACGGAAGCGCUGUAGAUUGGUGGACGUUAGGGAUCUUCAUCUACGAGCUUCUCUACGGAGCGACGCCGUUUAAAGGACAAGGAAACCGCGCCACGCUUCACAACGUGGUUGGACAGCAGUUGAGGUUCCCUGAGACUCCUCACGUGAGUUCCGCGGCGAGGGAUUUGAUCAAAGGACUGUUGGUUAAGGAGCCGAUGAAACGGAUCGCUUAUAAGCGAGGCGCCACGGAGAUUAAGCAGCAUCCGUUUUUUGAAGGUGUGAAUUGGGCGUUGAUACGGAGUGCGAUGCCUCCGCACGUGCCGGAGCCAGUGGAUUUCACGUGUUUCGUGAGUAAGGAUAAGGAGACUACGGUGGUGGUGGUGGGUGGAGAUGGCGGGAAGAAGAGUAACGAUCCUGAUUAUAUUGACUUUGAAUACUUUUAG